UCAAAUAGUUAUCGAAGUUAACGGGUUGCAAGAUGACCGAGAACUACGCUGCUGUGUUACACGGAGCCAACGACGUCAGAAUCGUUGGUCCUUUCCACCUAGUUGUCUGUAAUGUUUAUCUUUUGUCUGAGCGUCUUGCUAUAUGGUUCUAUUUUUACCUAAAUUAAAAUAUUUUAUUUUUGACGCAGAGGUUUUAAUAAAGAUAGACUGUGUCGGCAUAUGCGGUUCUGAUGUCAAGUUAUACAGCACGGGUACGUGUGGAGCGGAUGUUAUCGACAAACCGAUUGUCAUUGGUCACGAAGGUGCCGGAACUGUGGUCAAGGUAGGAGACAAAGUAAGCAGUUUGAGAGUGGGCGACAGAGUGGCAAUAGAACCGACGCAGCCGUGUCGGUCCUGCGAACUAUGCAAGCGAGGGAAGUACAAUCUAUGUGUGGAGCCACGUUAUUGCUCCUCGAUGGGCGCUCCGGGAAACCUGUGCCGUUACUACAAGCACGUCGCCGAUUUUUGUCAUAAAUUACCAGACAAUCUAUCAAUGGAGGAAGGGGCAGCGGUCCAACCGCUAGCCAUCGCGAUCCACGCCUGCAACCGCGCCAAGAUAACUCUCGGAUCUAAGAUCGUUAUCCUUGGAGCCGGACCUAUUGGCAUCUUGUGUGCUAUGGCGGCCAAAGCAAUGGGAGCUAGCAAAAUUAUUUUAACAGACGUAGUUCAGUCACGUUUAGACGCGGCACUGGAGCUGGGAGCGGAUAACGUCCUCCUCGUCCGUCGGGAGUACACUGACGAAGAGGUUGUAGAAAAAAUUGUGAAGUUGCUCGGUGACCGCCCGGAUGUGUCAAUCGAUGCCUGCGGGUACGGGUCGGCGCAGAGAGUCGCUCUACUGGUGACCAAGACAGCGGGCUUGGUACUGGUGGUCGGCAUAGCUGACAAAACGGUGGAGCUGCCGCUCUCACAAGCGCUGCUCAGAGAAGUUGAUGUUGUAGGGUCCUUUCGUAUUAUGAACACGUACGUAGCGAAUUUUAUUAAUCUUGGCAGUUUGUUUGUGCAGAUCUAUCUACCUUGGUUAUUUGUGGUGGUUGAUCAUAUGCAUUACCAGUUGCAUUAUUGCAAGGUAGAAGGAGAAGAGGUCAACCGAAGAAGGCAUGGAUGGAGUGUGUGAAUGGCGAUAUGAGAGAGAGGAGUGCGUGUUGAUAUGACGGUUGAUAGAAGAGAAUGGAAGAGAAAAAUUAGCUGUGCCGACCCCACCUAGUGGUAUAAGGUAUAAGUGGUAAGUGGUAUAAGUGGUAUAAAAAGAAGAGAAGAGAUCAUAUGCAUUACUAUUAUAUUCAAUUAUAUUGAUUAAACGUGAGAGACUCGUGCAGUGCAAAAAGUCGUCGUGGCCUAACGGAUAAGACGUCCGAUGCAUUCGUGUUGAGCGAUGCACCGGUGUUCGAAUCCCGCAGGCGGGUACCAAUUUUUCUAAUGAAAUACGUACUCAACAAAUGUUCACGAUUGACUUCCACGGUGAAGGAAUAACAUCGUGUAAUAAAAAUGAAACCCGCAAAAUUAUAAUUUGCGUAAUUACUGGUGGUAGCACCUCUUGUGAGUCCGCGCGGGUGGGUACCACCGCCCUGCCUAUUUCUGCCGUGAAGCAGUAAUGCGUUUCGGGUUGAAGGGUGGGGCAGCCGUUGUAACUAUACUGAGACCUUAGAACUUAUAUCUCAAGAUGGGUGGCGCAUUUAUGUUGUAGAUGUCUAUGGGCUCCAGUAACCACUUAACACCAGGGGCACUGUGAGCUCGUCCACUCAUUUAAACAAUAAAAAAGUUUUCUUCGGUCGUGACGCGAAUCAUUGCAGGUACCAGCCCGCCCUGGCCGCGGUGUCCUCCGGGGCCAUCCCCUUGGACCAGUUCAUCACUCAUCGCUUCCCAUUGAACAAGACCAAAGAAGCACUGGAUUUAGCCAAAUCCGGUGCCGCCAUGAAAAUACUCAUACACGUGCAAAAUUAAAACACAGUUUCGUAACAAAA